GUUUCCUUUCUGCGUUUGUUUUCUUCCCUCGGUUUUCUUUUUCUCAUCCUCCUUUCUCAAUUUCGUUUCUGCAGUAUUGCUCUUUCCAUUUCGUUCUGGUUUUAAGAUCUGCUUCCGAUUUCGUUUUAGUUCUAAGAUCUGCUUCCGAUUUCGUUUUCGAUUUGUAGAUCUGGUUCAGAUCUAGGGUUUCUUCGAGGUUUUUCUUUUGUUUUUGGGUUGAUUUGUUCAGUUGGGGGUUGGGUAGUCUGAAAUUGUCCAGAUCAUGUCAGUGGUUUUAGUUCUUCUAUAAUCCUCAUGCCUCGUGUUCGUAUUAUGCAUUCCUUCUCGGUUGUGUUUCUGUACUGGUUCUAUACGUUUUCUCGUGAACUAAUCCUCUGAGUUCAUCUCGAUUUAAUUAAGUUAACCCUUUCGAUUUCUAACAAUUCGAUUUUUUAUCAUCAUUUAGCUUCUAUUCGGAUUGAUAUUCUUCGUAGCAUCUGAUCAUCUUUUUCCCUGAUCUAAAUAAAAAAGGAAGGCAAUUUUAUGGCUCCUGUGCAGCAGCAAUUGAGUUCGGGAUCCGACACUGAUCCUCGUUAUGAAGUGAUUGACGAGAGGAAGAGGAAGAGAAUGCUGUCGAACCGGGAAUCCGCCAAGCGUUCACGGAUGAAGAAGCAGAAGCAGCUUGAGGACCUGCUCAACGAAGUGAACACGUUGAAGAACGAGAACAGCCAGCUCGUGCAGAGUAUUAGCAUUGUCUCACAACGCUAUGCUGAAAUAGAAGGUUCGAACAAUAUCUUGAGGGCUCAAGCUAUGGAACUGACGGAGAGGUUGGAGUCUCUCAACUCUAUGCUGCAGAUACUGGGAGAUGAUAACAGUCUGGCUAUGGAUAUUCCAGAGGGUCCGGAGUCUUUGAUGGAGCCAUGGCAACUCCCCUGUCUUGUGCAGCCAAUCAUGGCUUCUGAGAUGUUCCAUUGUUGAUAGAUCUCAUUCCAUCUGGGAUUGGUGGUGUCUGUCUUGUCUCUGAGUCAGUCUACGCUAGGCUUUAAUUUGUUUCCAGGAUGUCUGUUUGUUGUGUGAAACUAAGGUAUAUGUGGGUAGUGUCUUUGUAUUGGAGUGCCUUCUAGUAGGAACUUAUGUGUACUUUGGAAUUUCUGUUGCUAUAAUACUCAAGCAAUAUGUGUCAUUUCUUUGUAUUUACCUGUUGCCUCUUUGGUAUGGAGUAAAGCGCAUACUGAAUU